AUGGAAAACGAAAAGUCACCCAACCCGAUCAGCAGCAUCGACAGCACGAGAAAUGAAGCCGCCACAAAAUCCAAGCACAACCUCACCACCAUACCACCAGAACUUCGCCUCCUCAUCUACGAGAUAUGCUUCUCAACAUUCCACUUCGACAGCUCCAAGCCCCAGCCCGGCAUUCUCUACACAUGCAAGAUCAUCCACCAGGAGGCUUUGAAGCCAUACGAAGCACGCAUCAUGGCGGUCAAAGAUGAAGAACGCACGAAUCAACAGCAAGCAAACACGUCACUGCAGCGCCGUCUCGACAGCCCGUCGAUAGGCUUGGCUGAGAGAUUGUCAUUGCAGUUGGCGCACAUGAAGCUAGAGCUCGAGCGGUUCAAUAUCAGUACAGAUCUCGAGUUCGAGCAUGCGAAGGUGCAUAGGCUGCAGUUCGGGAGCUGGUUCAAGCAGCCGCGGAGGAAGGCUAGUGUAAGCUACAUGAAAGGUAGCUACUACAUCGCCGUUCCUCGAAUCUACGUCUCGAACAAAUGCGAUAUGGCCAGUGAUCACCACCAAAUCAGGGAAUGCGAAUCCAUGAACAGCACCAACACGAAGUGCUACCUCCCCAAUAUACCACCAGAGCUCCGACUCAUCAUAUAUGAUUUCUACUUCUCCGACUUCAAGAUCAACCACGCUAUCAUCGAAAGGCUGAUACGCGAAGAAGCCUUGGACGCAUAUGGCGGAUGGCUCGAGGGCUAUGAGGGCAGGCGUCACAUCGAGAAUUACGAGGGUUACAGAGCGCUCCAAAAACUUGUGCCUCCCUGCAAAGAAUAUCCACCGAGUCAUCUUCGUAGCUGGGAGGCGGACUGGAUGCUAAACGUCCCAGUCAGCAAGGCCAUGCCGAGGGACUACCAGGUCGAGAUGAGGAAGAUCGAGAAGGCAAGACAGAGAAGGUAG